CCAGAGCGAUGACGCAGAGACUGCAUGAGCUCUCAGCAGGAGUAUAAGAGACAGCACUCAGCUCGGUUGCGGAGCAUACAUAAAGGGGGGAGAGGAACCGAUCGCUGAUUCGACCCAAAGCUUCUCGGUGGCAAGAGCAAAAGGGAUGAACACAACUGAGAAGUUCUACCUUCCCGUUGAUGGCAUCCUCGAAGUGUUCAACUCUUUCACCGGGCAUCAGCAUUCACGAAUUGGGCACCAAGUACUGCAGAGUGCAGCUCUCAUCCCGCGAUCCCAGCUCCCCAAAGUCUCCAACAGAAUCAAAACGGGGAUGGGCAUCAUCAAAACUGUCAAAGGCUGCUGGAGACGGCAGGAUAAGAGAGUGAUCUCCCGCAGAUCCUCAAGUUCUGGGCGUCGGCAGGUGUCGAUUGAUCGAGUACCCAAAAAGCCGACGGACCUGACAGAGUUGGGUGCGACCAAGUCGAAGAACUGUCACAGAGUAGUGGUGCUCGGGGCUCCCAAAGUGGGUAAAACCAACAUCCUCCGGCGGUUCUUAGGGGAAAACUAUGAAGAACACUAUGAGCCAACUGUCGAGGACUUUUAUCGUAAGAUGUUCCACAUAGGAGGGGAAACAUAUCAGGUUGAUCUGCUGGAUGCGGCAUCUGAGAAAGACUUUCCAGCCAAACGGAGAUUGUCCAUACUGACAGGUGAUAUUUUUCUCCUGGUCUUCAGCUUGGACGACAGAGAGUCUUUGAAUGAAGUCCGUGAGCUGCUCGACGAAAUUAAAGCCGCAAAGGCAAAACUCCAAAAGUCCAGCCACCCAGCAAGGGUGCCAGUCGUGGUGUGCGCCAACAAAGCAGACCUGGACGCACAGAGAGUUCUGAGCAACUCCGAGGUGGUGGACAUCCUGGGCGAGGACGCGCAGUCCUUCGAAACCUCCGCUAAAACCGGCGCCGGUCUGGAGGAUGUCUUCGAGGCUCUCGCAGCUCUCGGCGGUCUGCCCGACGAGACCAGCCCGUCGCGGCAUCAGAUCAUCCCCAUGCUGACCUACCAGACGCUGUGCGCGGGCAAACGGGGCAUCAGGAUGAGGAGACACUCCCGGGGACUCGGCGCACCCUGCGCCGCCGUGGACCCCCUUGCGCGCCGCCCGAGCUUCACCAGCGACCUGCGGCUGGUGCUUGGAUCAAGCACCCAACACAAGAAACCCGAGAAGCGUCAGGUUCAAUGAAUUAUGAAACUUCUCAACAAAACAAAAUUGUAGUAGUAUGCUGCAAUGUCAUACA